AUGUUCGAUUCGACCACUUUCGCAUUGUGCUGCAUUAUUCAAUUGCAGUAUGCACAAUCCUCCGAAUGGUUUCAUCAUGAACCUGCUCCUGAAUGGGAUCUUGGACAGCAUUGGGAUAAAGAUGGCACUGCUUGGAGUGGUUUCAGCGGAUCAAAGGGUGGAAAAGCUGGCGCAAAUGAGUACGGCGAUAAAAGACAUGAAUAUGGUGACAGAGAUCAUGCCGGUUUCGCAUAUGGUAGCAAGGGCGCUGCGGACGGAUUUUCCGAAUUUGCAAAACAUAUUGCCGAUGGACAUGUUGCUGAUGCACUGGAAGCUGGAGAACACGCACUUUCUGGAGCCGAAGGACACAAAAAAUACUCAUAUUUCACACAAGGAUCAGGACCACAUGGAUUUUACUCCAAAGGAUAUUGGGGAACUAACGGUUAUGAUCACGAAGCAGAGAAAGAAGCCCAUGUAAAAGACGCUAACCAUGGUGGUUUCAAGGAAGGUUAUGAACAUGCAGACGCUGAUCACGGCUUGGCGCAUUCUGCUUGGGAUAAAGUCGCACGUAGCAAAAGUAGUAAUGGGCAUGGUCACAAUCAUGGUGCCUGGAAGCAAGGUGUCAAGGAAUGGGGCAAUAGUGAACACGAAGAUGGAUGGAAAGAUUCUAGUAAUGAGCAUCUCCAUAAUUUCCAUCAUGGCGGGAAUUGGGAUUAA